CGUCUACAUGUCGGCAUGUACUCGGUGUUCUUGCGAGAUUGGCUGCAAGUGUUCCCGAUGAAGCAGUUCCUCAUUCUACGCACGGAGGAGUACGCCACGUCACGCAUCGACCAUCUACACACAGUUUUCAACUUCCUCGAACUCGGACCACUAACUGCCCAGCAGGUGGCGCGCAUCGAGAAAGCGCCCGCAGCCAAUCAUCGGCGAGCGCGCGCGAGAAGCGUGGGCGCCAUGUUGCCCGAGACACGACGGUUGCUAACGGACUUCUACCGACCUUACAACGAGGACCUGGCGGCUCUACUCAACGAUGAUGCGUUCACGUGGCAGUAAUCUAUACGUAUCUGAACACAAUGUAAAGCUACGAGCUAUAAGCCGGCUCGUUAUAGAGCCACGAUCCACGAAUCGUCUGGCGAUGAUGGAAAAACAACACGAUCACCGUUUUCUCAGCAAAAUUUAUUUCCUCUCGAUUUAAAAACGAUUUUUUUGUUAGCGUUUUGAUCGAAUUUAAAUUGAGUAAUGCUAGCUUUCUAGAGCAUUGAUAGGUUGUUGUGUAAGCACUAAAUGUGUCCUUCCUAUAGCAGUGCUAGUGUAUCGUAGCCAUCGUUAGACCUACCUGUCAAUAGUGGUGUCGCUUGAGGGAAACGCAUGAGGUUAUGUAUACGUGUAUUACAUUAGGCGAUAAUUACAUUAUUUAUGCAUCUGCAACACUGAUGCAUAUACACACCAACGCACUGCGAUUUGCAUCUGGCAAUAGUAGCGUGACAGUGGCAGCAUCCUGUCUCUCUGUAAUAAAUAAGCGUUGAUGGAUGGGUUGGCGACGAUCGCCGAUGACUGCUAGAAUGGCACCGGGCGUCGUCGGCUGCCGUCCGUUGCCGUUUCUUGACGAUUCGUCGGAGCCAGUCUAGAUGACCGCGCUAAAAAAUCAUCCGAUGCGAUCCGAUGUGUACUCCAUUUUGCGUGUUACAUUGUCGCAGACUGCGGAUUGAGUGCAGACAUACGAAGAGCAACGUUCUCUCUCUCUCGCACUCGAACGAUGAUCAUGUGAUUAUUUUUCGCAUUCAUGUCACAAAGCUAGACUGAUUGCAAAAGCCCAUAUGGACAAGUGGCCAAGUGGCUGCUAAGUGUUUGCCAAGUAACGGAUUAUCAACGACUUAGCGGCUUAGUCUAUCACCGGACAGGAUAUUUGAAUAAUGUGAUGAGUGGUAACUGUGAUACCGAGUUCAAUAGGCGACGCUGAGUGUUAUGAUCAUGUAUCGAAAUUCGCAUCUGCGUUUUUACGAACCCAUUCGCAUAGUUUCGCACUAUGCGGGAAUACAAAUAUUACGUACGAACCGAUAUUACACUAAUUUUAAUAGCUAAUAAAUCUUUUUUACCGUAUUUAA